GCUCGGAGGCUAUGGCGCUUCCUGGAUGGACCGUGGACUGGACGCUGGUUGCCACCGCAUCUUUGCUGUGUUUCUUCUGUUUAUGUGUUCGCUACAGGCGAACAGGACAAGUGUUUGGGAGGAAACUGCUGAGCAAAGCAAUGGCCCGCACGGAGAGGCCGUUGUUCCGAAUCGCGUACACGCUCUACACGAGGACCAGGCUUGGCUACAUGUACUACAAGAGGCAAAUGAGGAAAGCCCGAGAACAUUACCCCGCUGGACACUCCACAGCUCAGCCCAUGGAGUUCAAUGGUAUCAAAAUAAUUCCCAUCUCGGUGCUGUCUGACAACUACAGCUACCUUGUGAUUGACACAGCCUCCAGUGUCGCAGUAGUCGUAGACCCUGCAGACCCUCAGACAGUCCAGGCAGUCCUUGAGGAAGAGGGAGUGACGUUAGAAGCAAUACUCUGUACACACAAGCAUUGGGAUCACAGUGGGGGAAACAAAGGGCUGAAAAGGCUUCACAGCUCCUGCAGAGUUUAUGGAAAUGCAGCUGAUAACAUUCCUGGCCUCACGCACCCUCUCUCGCACAAGGACUCAGUGACAGUUGGCUGUAUGCACUUUAAGGCCCUCUUCACCCCUGGACACACAGUGGGCCACAUGAUCUACCUCCUCGAUGGCCGGACAGUCGGCACCCCCUCCAGCCUCUUCUCCGGUGACCUGGUGUUCCUCUCAGGAUGUGGAAGGAUGUUUGAAGGCAAUUCCACAACAAUGCUGUCAUCUCUGGACACAGUUGCCUCCUUAAGUGACGAUACUCUGUUAUGGCCUGGUCAUGAGUAUGCAGAGGACAACCUGCUGUUCGCUGCUGAGGUUGAGCCACGCAACGCUGCCAGGGAAAGCAAAUAUCAGUGGGUGCUGCAGCAGCGAGGCCAGAAGCUGUGCACAAGUCCCUCCACUAUCGGAGAAGAGAGGAAGUACAAUCCUUUCCUGCGCAGCCACACUGCGGAGCUCCAUCUGGCCCUGGGCCUCCAGCAGUUCCAGGAUGAAGACUGGACCCAGUUUAGGGCCCGGGUGCUGGAGGAACUACGGAAACGCAAAGACCUCUACAACAGGAGAUAGUACUGGGAACACUAAAAAGAGACGUUAGCUAAACACCGGCAAACAGUACGAAAAGUAGCGAUCUGCAGCUGUAAAUUAACGAUGAGCCGAGCUCUGAGGUACUGUGUAAAAGACUAAAUCUGUUCAAAGAAACUGGAAAUUUUAAGAGGCAUUAAGUAAUUUUUUUUCCUUCUUUAUUAACUUGUACCAGAGACCACUAGGAACAUAGUCUCAAUGUCAUUAUUACUACUACUACUACUACUACUACUACUAC